GUUUUCGCGAGUCCGGCUUGAUGAAGGUGUUGCAGUAGAGCUACGUGAAGUACUAGGUGCCUGUCCUGCUGUGCAACUUGACUCUGCAGCCGACCUUGUUUUGCCGAGACCGCCCCCAAACCAAGAUCCUUUACCCGAGCAUUGGAUUACAUGCUGACAUUAGAAAUCUAAACUAGUCGUUGGAGCGGAGCAGGUGGCGGGGACAAUGCGCAGCGCCGAACUGGGUCGGCCGCCCCGCCUGGCUCAAAGUCGGCUUAGGAAUGUAUCUAGUCACCAUGUAACAAAUUCAUGCUUGUGGCUACGGCCACCGGGCUGCCGUCGCCUGGUCGCCAGCUGCGCUGCGUCCAAAGAGAGCAGCAGUGCCUCGCUAACAGCGGAGCGAUUUAUUACGGAUGCCAAGGAACUAAAUGCCACGGGAUCAGGCCUUCCAAUUAUAGAUGGGCCGGACUGGGAGGAGCAGCACUGGGCUGCGCUCAAGGCCAUGUCGGCGGGCCGGCCGGUGGCGCUGCCCACGCCGCACGCCAAGUUCGGGCCCGAGGACCUCCAGCGCAUCGCCGCCUCGGGGCCGCGGCUGGAGGACCUGACGCUGGAGCACGCGGAGAGGCUGGCGGGGCCGGGGCAGUUGCCGGCUGCGCCCGACGGCGUGGCGCUGGCCUUCCGCUACAUCCCGCGCUCCGUGCUGGGCGACUUCCGACACGAGGUGGAGCCCGACUGGCGCUCUCUGCCGGCCAUGUCGCCCGCCGAGCUGUAUGCGGGGCUGCGGGCGCGCAACUGGACGUCGGCGCACUACGACCCCGCCGCCGAGCCGUGGCGGCUGCAGGUGUUCAGCUGCGACUACAAGCACACGGGUGUGACGGGCUGGCCGGGGUACCGGGUGGUGGUCACCUCGCGCGGCGGGCGGCGGCGCUGGGUGGACCUGGCAGAGGAGGGCGAGCUGGUGCAGCUCACGGAGCAGGCCCCGCCCGCCAGCCCCGCCGACAUCGGCUACAGCCACGUGUUCGCGCAGCUGUACCAGGCCUACGAGCCGCGCUACAGCCCCGAGGCCCUGGCGGCGCUGUACGGCAGCAGCAGCAGCAAGGGGAAGGCGGCGGCGGCGGCGGCGGCGCAGCACGACACGCCCGCCCUGCGGCACCUGGACGUGUCGUACCACGGCACCGGCAGUGCGGUGGCACCGGGCAGCGGCACCGCCUUCCUGAUGCAGCCGUCAUGGGACGCCGUCACAGGCGCCAUUCGCUGGGGCCUGGAGCGCUCCGGCUUGCCGGAGCUGCGGGCGCUGCGCGACUCGCUGCUGCCCGAGUGGCGGCCGCCCAGCCUGGAGCUCAACCGCUCAAACAACAACCUGGGCGUGGUGUACUUCGCGGUGUGCCUCACGCUGGGCAUCGUCAUCCCCGCGCUGCGCCGCAGCCGCAUCCUCGACAUCCGCACGCUGGAGGAGGACCCGGGUGCCGCCAUGGAGUUCGCGCGCUCCAAGUCGGAGGCGCGCAAGGAGGGACUCACAGGUGUGGAGUUCCGGGACGUGGCGGGUCUGGGCCCCAUCCUGAACGAGGUGGUGGAGGUGGUGGAGUUCCUCAAGGACCCGGGCACCUUCUCCAAGCUGGGCGCGCGGCCGCCCAAGGGCAUCCUGCUGGAGGGAGACCCGGGCACUGGCAAGACGCUGCUGGCGAAGGCGCUGGCGGGCGAGGCCAUGGUGCCCUUCUACCAGAUCGGCAUCGCGCUGGUGGCUGGCGAGCUGCGCGAUCGCUACGGGCGAGUGGAGCUGGUGGAGCGGGUGUCCAUCCAGCCCAAGGGCCGAGCCUACAGCCGGACCAUGUUCCAGAGGGGCACGGAUGAGGAGUAUCAGCUGAUGACCCGGGGUCGGCUGCUGGACCGCAUCCGCCUGGCGCUGGCGGGCGGCUUCGCGGUGCGCACGGCGCUGGGCGAGGAAACCAACUUCACGGCGGCGGACAUCAAGCGCGCCACCCGCAUGGCCAAGAAGUACGUGUUCUACUACGGCUUUAGCGAGGCGGGCGGCGCCGGCAUCACCACCUGGGCCAACCAGCCCUACAGCGGAGACUUCGUCAUCGGGCAGCAGCGAGCGCGCAAGGUGGUAUCCACGGACGCCAUGGACGCCUUUGCGGACUGGCCCACCGUCAGCGAGGACUUCAGGUUUGAUGCGCCCUCGCCCUCUGAUGUCACCUGGCACCGCUACACGGACGAGGUUCGGCGUGUGCUCAAGGGCUGCAGCGAGGAUGUGCUGGGCAUACUGGCGGAGCGGCAGGAGGCCAUGUGGGCGGGCAUCAAGGCGCUGUCGGAUCGCAAGGAGCUGCUGGGCUCUGAGCUGAGGGACAUCUUUGACGCCCACCCCGCCGCGCCCUCCCGCGACCGCGACGCCCGCGCCGAGCUGGCGGCCGCCAAACUGGACAUGACCAUCUUCACCGAGGGUGCCAACAGCAGGUGGCCCUACGGCAUCGAAUGGCUGGAUGAUGCCUACCCCAAGCCCUACUGGGUGCAGCAGCAGGAGGCGGAGGCGGCGGCGGCGCAGGCCAAGCAGCCGGCGGCGGCAUUGUAGGCGAGCGGCGGCGGCACCUGCUGGGUCCGGUGGUCUGGUGGGCUCCGGCUGGUCUGGUGCGGGGGGGCCUGGUUGGCCAAGUGUAUGCCCAAUGGGUGCGGCGGCCCCAUUGGUGCGGGGGGACCGGCAGAAGGAGAACUGUGUGUGCCUGUGCGUGUGCGUGUGUGUUUCGGAGUGCUGAGCCUAGCGGCGCAGUGAACUACAGGGUUUACGGGUGUGCGGCCAUGUCGCGUGAUGCUGCCCGGCUGCUGCGUGUGUAAUGCGGUUUGCGUUUUACGGCUGGCUGGGGUGCCGCGGCGUGCCUGCCUGGGGUGCAGUGGUUUGGCUGGCAGUGGGAUGCUGCGGGAUGUCUACCAGUGCGCGAGGAUGGCGCAAGCCCUUGCCACGAUGGGAUUAGGUGAGGGCGCGGGGGCUGCGAGGGCACACUGUGGCAGCACGCAACGAAUGCGCGCGGCGUGCAUCAGGCGCGUGCUAGCAAGCAGAGCAGCGCCGGUGUUGUGGCAGAUGCGCGGUGAGGCGCAAUCUGAAGUGCUAAGGUGCGAGUUGGUGUCCGCCACUGUCGCGUCAGACAAUUGGACCCAGCCUUGAGUGGCGCUGCGGGGUUGGCGGUGCCAUGCUUGUAAGCUUUCGGGUUGA